AUGUCUGAAUCAGAUACGAUUCUACAAGGUUGGAAAAGACAGGAACAAUGGGUCGCACGUGUUAUUAAUUAUUCUUCUCAAUAUAAUAAUAGUACAUGGUCUGCAAAUCAAAUUAUUGGACCACCAAAAGUUUAUCCUCGUCAUGGUGAUAUUACUGGUUCAUGGGCUCAAGGUUCUCGAGGAAAUGAUGAAUUUAUUAUUGUUGAAUUUGAACGAGCUGUCUAUCCCGAACAAAUUGAUAUCUAUGAAACAUUUCAUCCAGGUGCUGUUGUUAAAGUUUUAGCACGAAAUGGAAAAGAUAAUUCCGAAUGGGAAACUGUUUGGGAAACUGCAGUUCCUCAUAGUGAAGGACAAUCACGUAUUUUUUCUAUUCCAUGUAGAAAUAUAUCUAGAAAAGAAAUAAAUCAAAUUCGUCUUAAUGUUAAUUGUAGUGCAGCUAGCACUUGGUGUGAAAUUGAUUGUAUUAAAUUAAUAGGUCAUCUAUCUAAUACUGAUUUGUUUUAUAAAGAAAUCUUGACGAAUUUAAAGGAUUUAUUAAUAAAGGAUUAUUUAUUCGAUGUUACAUUUCAACUUGAUAAUGGACAAUUAAUAUCAUCUUAUCGAAAUAUUCUUAGUAUUCGAUGUACUUAUUUUAAUGAAUUAUUUACUAAAUAUCCAUUGAAUACAAAAGAACCAAUACGAAUAAGAAAUAUCUCUGAUGAAGCUUUCUAUCAAAUAUUACAUUUUAUAUUUACAGAUACAAUUGAACCAAUAUUAACAUAUGAUAUAUGUCUUGAAUUAAUGCGUAAAGCUGAUGAAUAUUUUCUAAGUUUAAUCUAUACGAAAGCAUUUAAUAUUUUAAAGAAAAUAAUUAAUAAAACAAAUGUAUUAAAAAUUUUUAUUCAAUCAGGUCUCUUUCCUAUGACACCAAAUGAUAACGAACAAGAUAAUAUUCUUCUUAAUGAUGUUGUCGAUUUAUGUGUUGAAUUUAUUCAAAAGAAUCGUCAAGAUAUUUAUCGACAUGAUAAUCUACAACAAUUAACUAAAGAUAUGUUAUUAAAAUUAGUUCAACUUGUUCUAUGA